UGGGGGCAGCAGCGGCGUCCCGGGAAACAGGAACCAGGGAGGAGCCCCCGGGAAAGGCGCCUCAUGGAGAGGCGGGCCUCCGUGGUUGCCAGGCAACCAGGGUAAACAGCCGAAGUCGCAGGACCAUGGCCAACUACAGCGCCAACCAGUAUGAAAAAGCUUUCUCACCCAAGUACCUGCAGAACUGGUCUCCUGCCAAGCCGACCAAGGAGAGCAUCCCGGCCCACGAGGGCUACACCCAGGUCAUCGCCAACGACCGUGGCCACCUGCUGCCUUCGGUGCCCCGCUCCAAGGCAAGCCCUUGGGGUUCCUUCAUGGGCACCUGGCAGAUGCCUCUGAGGAUUCCCCCUGCCCGCGUGUCCCUGACGUCUCGUUCCGCUGCUGGUGCCGCCGCCCUCACCGCAUGGAUACAGAAGGAUCCCGACUUCCUCAAGGCCUCCAACGGGCUGCGUCCAGAAAUCCUGGGCAAGCCCAGGGACCCAGACAGUUGGAAGCGACCCCCGAACUCUGAAAAACAAGCAUCAAAUCCAGCCCCAAGUCCCGGCUCCCCAGCCCCACCCCCGAGCCCACACCCCUCUGCAGGCCACACCCCAGGCCCCCCAGGCCCCGUCUCUCCUGCGAGCCCCCUGGGGGAUCCCGUCUCCUGGGAGCCCCCUGGGGGACCCCGUCUCUCCUGCGAGCCCCCUGGGGGACCCUGUCUCUCCUGGGAGCCCCCUGGGGGGCCCCUGUGCACCCCCACUGGCAGGUGCUAG